CACUAAGAGCACUGGUACGACGCGAGCGUCUACAGCAACGCAGCGCUUAGGGUCUAAGGGGUCCGCGAAAAGUCUGAUCAUGGCUCGUCCGUCGCCCUCCACAAGCAGCACCAUGCGUUUGCUUUUGAGGCUGAAUGCGCGUUCGGAAGCGGUCCUGCGGUGGCCAAGCGCAGCGCCGCCAUGCCGCCACUUGUACUGCUCGGCCUCACGUCGGGAUAGCAGCAGCUGCACCCCGAAUGUUGACGCUUCUAGUGUCAGCUCGACACCCAGCCCUUCGGCAGCUCAUCGCUCACCUGCUCCGGCCGCGGCGGCAGGUGGCCCUGCCUCAAGCUCCUCUGCAGCGAGUGGAGGGCUGGGUGGCGCAGCAGAUCCAACAACGCACUUCGGUUUCCGCACCAUACCUGAGUCCACGAAGGAGACGCUCGUAGGUGGUGUCUUCUCAUCUGUCGCCUCCUCGUACGACCUGAUGAACGACGCAAUGUCCCUGGGCAUCCAUCGUUUGUGGAAGGACGCGUUCGUCUCACGCAUUUUGGACCCGCGCGGCGGCAUCAGUGUCCUAGACGUAGCCGGUGGCACGGGCGACAUUGCGAUGCGAAUCCUCGACCACGCGCGAAACACGUAUGGAGACCGGACGAUCAACGUCAAGGUUCUAGACAUUAACGAAAACAUGCUCAACGAAGGGAUGAAGAGGUUAAGAAAGACAAUGUACUGGGGGACACCACAGAUUAGCUUUGCGCUCGGCAACGCCGAGUCGCUGCACACACCCAUGACGCCCACAUCAAAUCCGCCACGCUCCGCACCGAGCAACCCUUCACAACUUUCAGCAACAGCGGGCGCCGCGCGCCUGCCGGCACUCACAUCCUCGCCGAUCCCGGACAACAGCCUGGAUCUGUACACGAUCGCGUUCGGCAUUCGCAACUGCACACACAUCGAUCGCGUGCUUCAGGAAGCGCAUCGCGUCUUGAAGCCAGGCGGUGUCUUUGCAUGCUUGGAGUUUGGCAAGGUCGGCAUUCCACUGUUGGCCGAACUCUACCGCCUUUACUCUUUCACCUUUAUCCCAUCCAUGGGCCACGUCCUCGCUGGAGACCGCGACUCGUACCAGUACCUGAUCGAGUCGAUCGAGCGGUUCCCUUCGCAAGCGGACUUUGCACGUAUGAUCCGGACCGCAGGCUUCGCGCUUCCUGGCAGCCCCGCUGCACGCUCGCUCGGCUGGGAGCCGUUCGCCUCGCCGGAUGCAUCUGCACUUGGGCAACUCGGCCAGCUUGGGCUUGGGCUUGCGAGCAAUCUUCCCGGACUGGGGAGCGUCAUUCGCAGCCAACAGCAGGCGAUGGAAGAGCAGCGCGCAAGAAAUUUGGACGUGGAGGGCGCCUGGGAGGAUUUCACGUUUGGCGUGGCGAGCGUAUGGACGGGUGUCAAGGUUUAAUGGGCAUCGCCCUUCUGCUUUGGUUGAUAGCACUCUGCCUGUUCGCGACGCUUUCGUUUCGCGCUUGUAAACUCGCUAUUCAUGCCAUGUGUCUCCCCGCACGCAGCAACCUGC